UUGGGGUGAGAGUUCUAGACACUGAGAAGUACAGCUUUAAACAGCCAUAGCCAGCCAUGGCUGCAGGUGGUUAUGGAGAACGUUCUUUGAAGGAGACGCCCUCUUGGGCUGCUGCUCUGGUUUGUGCUGUUUUUGUUGUCAUUUCUAUUGUCAUUGAACGUGGAAUUCAUUCCCUUGAAAAGUGGUUUCAAAAGCGACAAAAAAAGGCCAUGAUCGAGGCUCUAGAGAAACUUAAAGCAGAAUUGAUGCUCCUAGGCUUCAUAUCACUACUUAUAACAGUUGGUACAAAACCAAUUUCUAAGAUAUGUAUUCCUGAGAAAGCUGGAAAUACCAUGCUUCCUUGUAAGAAGGAAGCAAAGAAGGAUUAUGGGAACGGCGACGGGAGAAAGCUACUAUGGUAUGCUGGAGAUGAUAUAUCCCAUCGCCUUCUUGCUGCCGCCGCCGCCAGUGGGGAUGACUACUGUUCCCAAAAGGGUAAAGUAUCAUUGGUUUCACAGUCAGGGGUGCAUCAAUUGCACAUCUUCAUAUUUGUGCUGGCAGCAUUUCAUGUUAUCUAUAGUGUGGUGAUUAUUGCUCUGGCAAAGGCUAAAAUGAAGAGAUGGAAAUCUUGGGAAUUGGAGACAACAUCUCUAGAGUAUCAAUUUACUAAUGACCCUUCAAGGUUUAGGUUCACUCGUCAAACUUCAUUUGUAAAGCGGCACACCGGGUUAUCUGCAACGCCUGGUCUUAGAUGGAUUGUGGCCUUUUUUAGGCAAUUUUUUACAUCGGUAACGAAGGUUGAUUACCUUACAUUGCGACAUGGAUUCAUCAAUGCUCAUUUUGCACCAAACAGCAAAUUCAACUUCCACAAGUACAUUAAGAGAUCAAUGGAGGAUGACUUCAAGGUUGUCGUUGGUAUUAGCAUUCCAUUGUGGAUAUGCUCUAUCAUAUUCCAGCUUCUCAAUGUUUAUGGAUGGUAUACAUUUACAUGGUUACCAUUUGUACCACUAGCAGUAAUCCUUAUUGUUGGUGCAAAGCUGGAGAUUAUUAUUAUGGAAAUGGCUCGGGAGAUCCAAGAAAAAACUGCUGUGGUGAAGGGUGUUCCUGUGGUCGAGCCUAGCAACAAAUACUUUUGGUUCAAUCGCCCUGAUAUUAUUCUUUUCUUAAUACAUUUCACCUUGUUCCAGAAUGCAUUCCAGACGGCAUACUUUUUGUGGACAUGGUAUGAAUUCGGAUUGAAAUCAUGCUUCCAUGACAAUUUGUUGGAAAUGCUUGCAAAAGUUGUCCUUGCCAUUAUCCUUCAAUUUUUAUGUAGCUAUGUCACCUUCCCUCUCUAUGCCUUGGUAACUCAAAUGGGGUCUCACAUGAAGAAAGCAAUAUUUGAAGAGCAAACAUCAAAAGCAAUAAAGAAAUGGCAAAGGUCAGCAAAGGAAAGGAGAAGGUUAAAAAACAAGGCAGUGGCAGAUGGUUCAUCAAAUGGGUUCUCAAUGACGAGUCCAGAUCAUCAGAGUGGUACCCCAAGCAGGGGCACAUCACCAUUGCACUUGCUUCACAAGUUCAAACACAACUCUACAGACAUUGAAGGUGGUUUAAGUGCUUGUACUUCUCCUAGGUCUUGCUUUUCUGAAACUGAGUUGUCUGAAAUUGAAGGGGCAGCACCCUCUAGUGAUGAUUAUGAAUUGAGAAGGCAAAACAAUCCUAAAAGACUAGAAGAAAGUCGUAGUGCUGAUUUCUCUUUUGCCAUGCCUUGAAAAGAUUGAGGCAGCAGCUGGCUCUAGAUGUGUAUAUAAAUGGGUUUUGCAACUAAAACAAAAGGGGAACCCAGGUGGUAAUGUUAGCCAUUUAGUUUGUCGAUUCUACUACGUAAUACAGUCGGUAGACAGACCAGCCUUGUUAGAGGGGCGUGGGAUAAAUUAUAAGCUAGGAAUAAGUUUGAUUUUGAGUUUGAAUAUUUUUUAUGUACAAUGAAGAAACAAGUAACAAUGUUUGGUGGAGAGCAGUUCGUUAGCAUUUGUGUCAAGUGAAUUUGAUUUCUUUGAUUAUACGGUGGAGGGUGCUCUGUUUUCCUGGUUUCCAACCCCUAAAAGGAUAGCAUUUGUGUCAAGUGAAAUUGAUUUCUUUGAUUAUACGGUGGAGGGUGCUCUGUUUUCCUGGUUUCCAACCCCUAAAAGGAUAGCAUUUGUGUCAAGUGAAUUUGAUUUCUUUGAUUAUACGGUGGAGGGUGCUCUGUUUUCCUGGUUUCCAACCCCUAAAACGAUAGCGUAUAAAGACUACUGCUCCAUUUCAAAUGUGACAUGCUCUGUUUUUCUGUGGGGCGAGCUGAUGUGUAAAAGAUUAAAACAAGAAAAAUAAUUUGCUAUCUAAUUUCUCAGUAAUUAAAAAUUCUAA